AUGAGUCGCAUGUCGCCACUGGUCGCUCCUAUUAUCGACGAGGACUUUGACCUGUGCAUCUCCGAGACCAACCUUCCCUUCCCAUACUCCGACCACUGCAGCACCGGACCACCCAGUCUCUACGAGUUUGACGUUGCAGAGGACUAUGACGACGAAGACGAGGAAGAAGGUUAUUUCGAUGGAGCAUUGGACGAAGAGGAGGAGGAGGAGGAGGAAGAAGGAGAUGUGGAUGAGGAUGAUACGUUGGUCGAGACCAAGGAGGUACUUCUCGACGGAGACAGCGACAGCGACCCUGUGUUGACCCCUGGAUACAAUGCCAUUGGUCAUGUUACGCCCAAACCCGACAAAGGUGCGCCUUCUCCAUCUAGAUCUCGAAAUGCGAAGCAGAGACAGCUGAACGACCUCUCUGAUCAGCUGCACUCUCGCCUCGAGAGCAUCCACAACGACAACAACAACAAUGAUACCCUUCGAACGCCAACUGCCUCGACUCCAAAGACACGACCCUACUACAGUCGACACUCAUACUCCUUCGACUCUAACGAAGGCUGGCACGAAGAAGAAUACGAGGAGGAUGAUGCACGCAAAGAUGAAGCACAGGACAGCCAGACCGGACUGACGGGCAUCAUCCAGACAGUGACCUCCUCUGCAACCUCUGUCGCCUAUGCAGUCGGCAAGCAUUGGUCCAAGAAAAUCUACGAGUCCUUGCUCGCCUCAAGGGACCCCAAAGCAUACUACACUCACCUUCUCAGCGCAGCAACCAACUACGAGCAAUGGGCAGAGGCAGCCGCCAUUCUCGAUCGACUCGAGGGUAAGGACAAGUGGAAGAACGACCCACGUUCACCCCAUUACGACUAUGAGAUGUUGCAGGAACGCCUCUCACAACUGAGCGCGGCUAGGGAGUCUGGUGAUCUCGGACUGAUGAUCUAUCUACUUCGAACCUCCCUCUCGCGUAACCUCGGCAAUGUCGGUCGGCCACAGUUGUAUGCAAACACCAAUAUUGGUACCAAGCGACUGAUCGAGCAGUACAAUGCGGAGGUUAUGCGACAGCUCAACAUAAUUUGUGACACUGAGAGCGAUGACUUUUCUAUGGCAGCCAAGCUGGAGUUUUUCACCCAUACCCGCCAGGCGUUCGGUCGUACAGCCCUUCUUCUCAGUGGUGGCGCAACCAUGGGUCUGAUGCACAUUGGAGUGAUCAAAUCGUUGUACUACAAUCAACUGCUGCCACGAAUUAUCUCGGGAUCAUCGUGUGGAUCGAUCAUUGCGGGCAUACUUUGCACGCGCACAGAUGAGGAGAUUUCCGAAAUGUUCCAAUUUGACAAGUUCAACUUUACCGUCUUCCACACAGUGGAGGAGAAGGGAGAUGUCCUGGCACGACUCAUCCACUUUUUGAAGAAUGGUGCUCUUUUUGACGCCCAAGUGCUGAAGGCUGCACUGAAGGACAACAUCGGAAAUGUCACCUUCCAGGAGGCAUACAACCGCACGCGCAGGAUUCUCAAUAUCACCGUCAGCACCUCUGCUACGUUUGAGAUGCCUCGACUUUUGAACUAUCUGACUGCCCCCAACGUCCUCAUCUGGUCAGCAGUAGCGACAUCAUCCGCCGCUCCGUUCAUUUACAACUCGGCGCCACUUAUGGCCAAGGACAAGAACGGAGACGAAGUUCAGUGGAACCCUUCCCGCUACCACUGGAUCGACGGAUCUGUCGACAACGAUCUCCCUAUGAACAAGCUUUCGGAGCUCUUCAACGUGAACCAUUUCAUCGUCUGCCAGGUCAACCCUUACAUCGUACCCUUCUUGCAUAAUUCCCUGGCACGUUCUCCAACAAAUCGUGUCCUUGGCUGGAUACUGUACCAAGCGAGAUCUGAGGUCCAGCACCGCAUGAACCAGUUGUCAAUAUUGGGAGUCAUGCCAGGAUUGAUCCAGAAGGUUCAGGCGAUCAUGGCACAGCGGUACUAUGGCGAUAUCACUAUUGUGCCGAACCUUGGAGUGGAUGAUUACAUGAACAUUGUGACCAACCCAACGGCCGAGUUCCUUGUCAACGCCACUCUCAAGGGUGAGCGUGCAACCUGGCCAAAAAUCUCGAUCAUCAAGAACCAUUGCAGCAUUGAGCAUUGUCUGGAUGAUAUUCUUUACCGCUUGCGGUUACGUCGCUUAGAAGCUUACAGACCACCAAAUACUACAUCAAAGCGGACAGCACGAAACAGCGUGUUCCCCCAGGCACCACCACCUAUGUCCAUGACCUCUAGCAGCGAUGCUGCUGCCAUGAGAGGUUCGCCUUCGGUCUGCUAUAGUGCCAUUGGCCGGUCCAACUCUUCGCCAGCUACACCAAGCGCUACUGUCAACCUGGCGACUGUCAACCUGGAUCGGCCGGCAAUGACACCCAUGGCUCCCAUGCCUGUCAACUCUAGUAUCGAUGCAUCCAGCGGGUUGAUGCCUUCAACAAUGUCGGAUGAUAGGCCAACUCUUGGUGUUGAGACUCAUGAGAAGCAACCGACGGGGCCGCAGUCUCAAAGAAGAUCGUCGAUGGAAGUGCCUAUCUCUACAGCGACUGUGCAGUCCAAGGCUGGAACUCGUUCAGGAUCAGGUGCGCUGAACCAUGCACCGCCACCUCCAUUGAGACGUGCCAACUCUUCAAGCUCUCCUUCUCCCAACGUGGUUCGGACUUCGUCUACUGGAGCUGCUGCAGAAGCAGCAGGCGGUAAAUCGACUCGUCACAGGAACAGUAUCAGCAACGUGUCCGAGUACAAGUUCCAGGACAAUGGCGAGGUGAUCGUCAUGACCAGUAGUUCUACUGCACAAAGAACAGCCUCUUCCUCCAUUGCCGCAAAUAUGCCGUCUCCCAGGAUUGUGUUUACGCCAUCGAUGACCGCCCACUCGCCCAUGAAUGAGGCCUCUCAGUUCUCGCAGCUUUCUGGGCUUGGCCUUGGUCAGUCUGCUGCAUCUUCGUCUUCGUCCUCUGCGGUGGUGUCGCCCACGUUACUAUCGACUGCUACGUUGUCGGCGGUCAGUAACCCUGUGCCUGCAAUGGUGCAAACCCACAAGUCUCGUCCUAGUAGCAAGAAGUCUUCUUCUUCCACGUCGUCUUCAUCGUCGUCGGCUUCUGCAACUACGACCACUACCACCACAGUUCGGCCAGGCACAAGCCGCAUUCGUAGCAAGCAGGCCCGUACCUUCCAGAUGACCAGUCUCCAACAGUAG